AUGGGGCUGCUGGACAAACUCUCGGGCUGGCUCGGCCUGAGGAAGAAAGAAGUCAACGUUUUGUGUUUGGGACUGGACAACAGUGGCAAAACUACCAUCAUCAACCAACUCAAACCUUCUAAUCAUUCGAAUCAUUUAGGCCCAUUGUCAGAAGAGUGGAAACAUGUUAGUCAGACGCAGGCACAAGAAAUAGUCCCAACAAUUGGCUUCAACAUUGAAAAGUUCAAGAGUUCAAGCCUGUCUUUUACAGUCUUCGAUAUGUCUGGGCAGAGCAGAUAUAGAAACCUAUGGGAGCAUUACUACAAAGAAAGCCAUGCCAUCAUAUUUGUCAUUGACAGUGGUGACAAACUGAGAAUGGUUGUUGCCAAAGAGGAGCUAGAUACUCUUCUCAAUCACGAAGAUAUCCGCUGCAAAAAGAUACCAGUAUUGUUCUUUGCCAACAAGAUGGAUCUGCGGGACGCUAUGUCUUCUGUCAAGGUCUCACAAAUGUUGUGUUUGGAGAACAUCAAAGACAAACCCUGGCACAUCUGUAUGCCUGUAUGCUAA